GAUUCUCCUGACAGCAAGAAGAAGUCAGACGCCAGACAAGGAAGUCCUCGACACAAACAUUUGCUAACAAUCACUUUAUUCCGCAUUUAUUUUUAUUAUUAUUAUUUUUAUUAUUAUUAUUAUUACAGAUUGUGCAGCGCAAGAGAAGUAAAAAGAAGUGGAGUCUGAGAUGGCGAACUCGGUCUGGUCGGAUAAAAUACUCCAGCUGCUGCACCGCAUCAAUAACUUUUAUUUGCCAGGUUCUUGUCGCGCCAACUGCCGGCGCUUUGAGGUGGGAGGAAGCCAAGUGGGUUGGAUUCUGCCGGACGUGGCCUCGCUGCUGACGCGUUACGGAGAUGUCUUCAAAGCGACACCAGAGGGCGCACUUUCACUCUGCCAAAGCCUGGACUCCUAUGACAAAAGAUCGGAGGCUGUGGACAAAGUCCUGAGGACGCUUCGACAACAUUCUAACCUGCGCUGCCUGGAAGGAUGGAGGGAUGAGAGGUACAACGUGAUGGACAAAUUCUCCGACACACCCGCCAUGUGGAUGGAGAGAGCGGCCACCAGUCUUUUUGGCGUGAAGCGCUAUGGGGUCCACAUCAAUGGUUACACCGUCAGCCAGAGCGGGGACGUCAGCAUGUGGCUUGCACGCCGCUCGCACACCAAACAGACCUACCCUGGACUGCUGGACAACCUGGCAGCAGGUGGUGUUUCUGCCAACAUGAGCAUCAAGCGCACGCUGGUGAAGGAAUGUGAGGAGGAGGCGUGUAUCCCAGAAUGCAUUGCACAGGAGGCUCGCCCAGUGUCCACAGUCAGCUACACCUAUGAAGACGGAGAGGGAGUGUUUGCUGAAAGUCAGUUUGUCUUUGACUUGGAGCUUCCUGCUUCUUUCAAGCCCAGAGUGGGCGAUGGAGAAGUGCAGGACUUCUACCUCCUGCCCAUCCAGGAGGUGAAGGAACUUCUUGCCACUGAGGACUUCAAACCCAACUGUGCCCUGGUGGUCCUGGACUUUCUCAUCAGACAUUCUUUUAUUGAGCCGGACAAUGAACCUUUUUACCAGGACUUUGUGUGUGGACUCCAUCGGGCGCUCUAGAACAGGUCUCCACCUUUUUACCAGGACUUUGUGUGUGGACUCCAUCGGGCGCUCUAGAACAGGUCUCCACCUUUUUACCAGGACUUUGUGUGUGGACUCCAUCGGGCGCUCUAGAAAAGGUCUCCACCUUUUUACCAGGACUUUGUGUGUGGACUCCAUCGGGCGCUCUAGAACAGGUCUCCACCUUUUUACCAGGACUUUGUGUGUGGACUCCAUCGGGCGCUCUAGAACAGGUCUCCACCUUUUUACCAGGUCUUUGUGUCUGGACUCCAUCGGGCGCUCUAGAAAAGGUCUCCACCUUUUUACCAGGACUUUGUGUGUGGACUCCAUCGGGCGCUCUAGAACAGGUCUCCACCUUUUUACCAGGUCUUUGUGUGUGGACUCCAUCGGGCGCUCUAGAACAGGUCUCCACCUUUUUACCAGGACUUUGUGUGUGGACUCCAUCGGGCGCUCUAGAACAGGUCUCCACCUUUUUACCAGGACUUUGUGUGUGGACUCCAUCGGGCGCUCUAGAACAGGUCUCCACCUUUUUACCAGGACUUUGUGUGUGGACUCCAUCGGGCGCUCUAGAACAGGUCUCCACCUUUUUACCAGGACUUUGUGUGUGGACUCCAUCGGGCGCUCUAGAACAGGUCUCCACCUUUUUACCAGGACUUUGUGUGUGGACUCCAUCAGGCGCUCUAGAACAGGUCUCCACCUUUUUACCAGGUCUUUGUGUCUGGACUCCAUCG